AUGGGUCGCGUUCGCACCAAGACUGUCAAGAAGUCCGCCAAGGUCAUCAUUGAGCGGUACUACCCCAGACUCACCCUGGACUUCGAGACCAACAAGCGCAUCUGCGAUGAGAUCGCCAUCAUCGCCUCCAAGCGCCUCCGCAACAAGAUUGCUGGCUACACCACCCACUUGAUGAAGCGUAUCCAGCGUGGUCCCGUCCGCGGUAUCUCCUUCAAGCUUCAGGAGGAGGAGCGUGAGCGCAAGGAUCAGUUCGUCCCCGAGGUCUCCGCCCUCGACUUCACCCAGAACACCGAGAGCGGCCAGCUCGAGGUCGAUGUCGAGACCAAGGACCUGCUCAAGCACCUUGGCUUCGACGCUAUCCCCGUCAACGUCACUCCCGUCGGCCAGACCCAGGUCCAGGAGCGCGGAGGCCGCUUCGGUGGCCGCCCCCCUCGCCGCGACUAA